GUCUCAUCAUAUUUUAUCAGCAGAAGUGCUAAUUGGUAACUUGCUCUUGUAUUGAUGAUAUAAUGGUGGCUCAACCUCUCCUCCGGUUCUCGUUAAACUACGUGUAAGCGGUCUUGAAUAUGGAUGAAUCUAGCGACUGGGCUAGUCAACCUUCGGUUCAGCCUCAACAUGGCAAACGAUCGAAUAUGAGAAGGCCAGUUUCGUCAACACUGACGGCCACCCAUCAUCGAAUCGCCAGCGACAGUAUACUUUUCACCUCUAAACCUCUACCCGAUGGUACCUUUGCCCCCAUUUAUCCUUCCUCCGCAUCGCCCGAGUCGCGAGAAGAGCUACCUAUCAUGGGUGCGACUAGGUCGCCUAGUCCAUCAGUAACGACCUCAAGAUCAAACUGGUACGAUGACGGUGACAUCGGCUCUCAAUCAUUCAUAAUGACCCCAAAUUUGGCUUCAGAUACUCCCGAUAGAUAUACAUAUACGGGACCAGAUAAUAUGUUCAAAUCCCCAGAGCCUCCUCGAGCAUCCCGGCCGAGGCCAACUCCAAUGCAGUUUGAAGAUGUGCCUAUAUAUCAUCACUCCCCAGUUACGUACUCGCAAUCUACCUUCUCUCCUCGCGACGGGUUUCAAGACCGCUUUGCAGAUUCUAGUGCAAAUCUAUUGAACACACCGAGCACGGUUUGGAGAAGCCCCCGAACGCCGCCCCCUUUUUCUUCGAUGAUAGAUCUUCCUAGGAGAUGGUGGCAUUGGAGGCCAGCAUGGUUUAUGUAUCUUUCAUUUCUAUUUGGCGUCGCUUGCGCCGUUGGCCACCACAUAUUCUAUAUAACCUUGAACGGGAAGCCCGCCGUCGACCAACUCGCCAUGCUUCGGUACGGCACAGUACUUUCAUUCGCGGCCAAAGCCGGACUUGUAGCAGCUGUAGUCGUCGCUUUUAAACAGCGAAUAUGGACUACUGUGAGGAGUAAAUUCCUCAGCGUGACGGCUUUGGAUUCCCUAUUUGCUGCGGCAGAGGAUGCGUCGGCGCUCCUCAAUAUCGAGAUAUACAAGCAAGCCAAGAUAGCUAUGCUCUUAGCGGCAUUUGUUUGGCUAACACCUAUAGUCAUAAUAUUGACUAGCAAUACUUUGACCGUGGAGACAGCUGUGGGCGUAGAGAAUACUACGUGCUCGGGCAUUCGAACCCUGAAUUUUACGAAAGACGAACUUGAGGAAUGGAGGAACCCUACUAAGUCUGAUAGUCUAUAUGGCUUGUCGAUGUCUAUAUGGAAUACGACAGCUUCCGAUACCACCUCGCUGGACUGGUUCGAUUACUAUACCGGGCCCAGCAACCCCUUAAUCCGGGUUGCAACCCAUGCGGCGUUUAUGGGCCAGGUGGUGAGUAAGAGUAGCACCAGCGUCGAGAUUUGCGGCUCCAGUUGGAAUUGUACGUACACUAUCAACUUCACAGCUCCGGCAUAUAAGUGUUCUGAACUGGCCAGUGGCAUCGGAUCAGAAAUCAAGACGCUUGGGAAUCAGAAGCCUCCGGAGGGGUUCAGCACCAAACUUCUUGUCCCCGAAGGUAAUUAUAGCUAUUACGCUUACACGAGCGGCGGCGAGUAUUCCAUCCAGCAGAUGAAAGAUACCAGCCCCGGAGGAAUUCCGAAUAUGGAGCCCCCAUUUCCGGAAACUUUAGGGGCGUUCCGUACUGAACCGGUGAUAUGGAUAGGAUAUUCUGUGAGAACUAACCCGAACGAUGUGGUACCUCUCAACAGAUCAAUGCCGGGUUGGAGCGAUGCGUUCAUCCCCAAGGUAAUCGGAUGCGAGCACUAUGAGGCAGAUUACACUGUCCUGUUUAACCUCACAGGCGGCCAGCAGGUUACGAACGUAACGAAGCGGAGAUUUUUACGCCGCAUUAUAGACACUACAUGGAUCCAAGGUACGGACGCAAACGAUGGUACGAAUGAUAAUACCACGGCACAGCCUAAAAGCAAUUAUAUAUACCCGAGAAAUGUUCACCAGUACCGCCGAGUUGCAGCGUUCCACUCGAUAGGUUCCCAGCUGAGGCAAUUCAUAAACGGCACUAUCGACUCAGCGCAGCUCAAUAAUCCAAUUGGAAACACGAAGGCGGAUCAAACCAAGCUGUUGGAUCCUAGGCGCGACUAUUUCGCAUUCCCGACACUUCCGACUUUAGUGCAGGAAUUCUACGAAGACAUGAUACUUUCGUUUUUCUCGAACCGGCAGUUUGUAAGCGUCGUUUGGGCAGCUAAGUCGGACGUGAUAUCCGGCACAGGCGCGGGAGACGAAUCGACCAAGUACCCGUGCGUCCGGUCCCGGCUGGAGAAUAGGUAUAACUAUCACGCGCGGGACUUGUGGAUCGUGUACAGCAUCGCCAUCUUACUGGCCGCGGCUGGGGUAGGAUCGGGUGCCGUCGCAAUCUUAGAAAAUGAGGGAGUGCUGCGGAGUACGCGUUUUUCCAGCAUCGUAGCAGCAACCCGAGGACCGGCUCUAGAAAAACUUGGCUGGGCCGGAGAGGAUCGAGGCGAACUGCCACGGGAUAUUAAGAAUUUGAAGGUCGGCUACGGAAUUGUCCAUAGAGCGAACGAGCAUGGAGUUCUACAGGAGGAUAUGAGGUAUCCCGAAAGAAGGGUUUGGGAUGGAGGUGACGUGCAUUUUGGGUUUGGAUUAAAAGGUGAUGUCCGGCAACUCAAGAGAGAGGGUAGUAUGUUCCGCCAAAGGUGAUCAUUUGCUUUUAUUUAUAUAUAAAAAUGAAUUUAUAUAUGCGACAAAGAUAUUCAAACGCAAUCUACACGGGAGGAU